GUGCGCAACUUUUUCAUUCAGCACGCACUAACACGUCUCUGCCAGCCAGCGCAUCGUUAAUAAAAUGUGUGAAAAAUGUGCAUUUCUCUUUGAUUGAACCGUGAGUUGGCUGUUUCCACUUUAGUCUCCUUGGCUCGUAUUUUUUAUUUAUUUUUUGAUGUGAGACAAGCCGCCGGAAAGAUUGUAUCUAGGAAGAGACAGCUCACUACUACGCCACCUCUUGCGAGGGAAGCCCCCCACGCGUUGCGCGCCUGGAUCACCGGGGGUUUACAUUUAUAUAUUUAUAUUCAGGUCCUUUCACCCGGCUGCGCGUGUACACGCGGGCGGCGCACUUACACGUGUGUGUUCAAAAAGAAGCCCUCGGACUCCGUCCUCAACAGUUGCCACCAGAAGGAGGGAGAGAGAGGGAGACGGCAGACUGAGGACCGGACGGACGCCGCUCUGCCCGGCUCUGCUCCUGACAUGCAGUCGCUCAUUUCUCCGGUGACCAAAGCCAUCCUAGUUGCGCUUUUCAUCUUCGCCAUCCUGCUGAUCCUCUAUGUGAUCCUCUGGUACAUCUGUAGGGACGUGGACUGCGACCACGGAAUAUGAGGAUUCCGUUAAAGCGUGGAAAUAACGGGAAAUCAACAAUAGGGCGCACAGAGGAGCCCAAAGAGUCCUGUCUCAUCCCUGAUGCCCAGACAAGAUGGCAAGGUUGCCAUAGUGACAGGAGGAGGCAGGGGAAUCGGCUAUGAGGUGGUCCAGAAUUUGGCCAGACUGGGAGCUCAUGUUAUCAUAGGUGGAAGGGAUGAGCAGAGGGGUCUUGCUGCCAUCAAAAGGAUUUGUGAAGAGGACAAGGAGGCCAGAGUGGAGUUUGAGAAAUUGGACCUUGCUUCAUUGCAGUCAAUCCAACAAUUUGCUGACAGCUUCAAGAAGAGGAACCUGCCACUCAAUAUUUUGGUAAAUAAUGCCGGUGUGAUGCUGGUUCCCGAGAGCCGAACGGAGGAUGGGUUUGAGCAGCACUUUGGUGUGAACUACCUAGGCCACUUUCUGUUGACCUGGCUCCUCCUGGAUGCACUGAAGGAUUCUGGGAAGCCCGGUCACGUCUCCUGUGUGGUCAAUGUUUCGUCGUCAGCUCAUUCCAUCGGGGAAAUCAAACUGAAUGACUUAAACAGCUGCCAACAUUAUUCACCUCAUGCUGCUUACUGUGGAAGUAAACUGGCACAGGUGCUGUUCAGUUCCCACCUUCACCAGAAGAUGCAGAGAGAAGGUUUCCCAGUGGUUUCAUGUGCGGUGGAUCCAGGCAUGGUGGAUACGGCUUUAUAUAGACAUCUUUGCACACCUCUACAUUUGGCACGAAGUCUAAUUGCUCGGAUCCUGUUUAGGACUCCUGCAGAGGGCGCUGCCACUGUACUGUCAGCUACUUUGUCACCAGCCCUGGAUGAGGCUUCUGGCGGAGGCUACUGGGCCAAUGGGCGAAGGGAGAUGACAACCCCACCUAUAUUUGACCUUCAGCUUCCAUUGAGUUUAUGGGAAAUCAGCCUCCAGUUGCUGGGAUUACAGUAACAUGGGACUCUAAAGAUGACUGAGAGAACUAAAUCUAUUUGAAAGCUUCACAUAAAGACCUUAAACUUGGGCUUACAUUAUUUCUGACCCUUUUUAAAAUUAUUUUCCAAAUCUCACAUGAAGGUGUUGGUUGCACAGACAGAACUGUGAUUGGUUGCGUAGGGUUUGGCAAGCUGUUGUUCCAAACCUGCUUAUGAAGGGCUAACGUGAAUAGAAUAUGUUUUUAUAUUAUGUUGUUUUAUUCAUAUUUCUUUCUAAUCAAACAUUAUAUGCAGAUAUACAUAAAUUUGUGUCAUCCAGCAGACCCACUGAAAAGAUUUCAGCAAUCAGUGAAUUUGUUCUUGGAUAUUAAUAAUUGGCCAUCUAAAAAUUGCUAAAUCUAUCAGUUACAAGACUUUUUUUUUUCCAACAAUCCAAAUGUUUGGGUUAAGUGAUGAUGAAAAGGUACACAUUAGUAAAAUUAAUGUUUGAAAUCUAGGAUGUACAGAAAAGUAACUGUUGUUAUCAAUACAUAAAUCCAUCUUUUUCACUCAAAGCACUUUAUAUUUUUCUCUUAUUCUAGAGCUCUUACUGUCUAGUAAGACAGGUUGUCAAGAUUUUGCUUACUUUAAAGACAUUGCUUAGCGCCUAAAAAUGGUCUAGAAGGAUAUGUGAAGAAUCACUUUCAACAGACUUGAACUUGGAACAAUUCUCCCUCAGUCUGUGAAUGAUUCAACAUUUGAAAAAUAAUGUAUUGCAAAAAAAAGGAAAAAAGGAGAAAUCAGUCAUCAGUUUACCUUUUUGAUCUUUACCUGUUUUACGUCGGGGACAUGUGUGCAGUAUGCACAGAAGUCUAGGAUGAACUCUUAUGGACCCAAUAAAUGUUGAUGGGGAACAAAACAAUAACCAGUCUUGGAGGAAGGGGGAAAAGAGAAAGCACUUUUUUCUUUUUGUUUUUUUUCUAGCGCACAAACUGUGAUUGGUUCCCCACAGCUGCAGCUAAUGCCGCUUCCUUAUUUGGCGCCACUCCCAGUGCAUUGUGGGAUGGAAAAAUCUCCAUGAUGAGAAUAAAACUCUAUCUGGUGAGCUGACACAGACGCUCACUCGGAAAACACUGGAAGCAGCACAUCCAGGCGAAGGCUUAUUCAGCAAACAAACACAGCUGUCUCUCAGUCUCUCAUGCAGGGCUACACCCUCACACAAGAUGCGCCAUAAUGCCCUCUCCACUGUGAUUAAUGCAUUUUAGCAUUGAAGAUCAAACGUUUAUCUCAAAUUGACAUUCUUAGGCUAAAUUCUUUGCCAUUUAGAAGUCAGCCUCUUAUCUUAAUUUGCUGUAUAUAGAGCAAUACUAUCACUGUGGUAGCUAAUUUAGCUACUGGCACAGACAUUCAGCAUAGAAGCAGAGAAGUUCCCAAAUAUAUGAGUAAUUUUGAAAUUUCUCUGUCCACAUGUACGAAGAUGUGCAAAGAAGAGAUUUUUAGUGUUAUGUUCUUUAGAAUAGCUACAUUUAAAGGUUUUGCCUUUUCUUAAGUAGAUGUCUGGAUCCUUUUAGGGAUGCAGCUCACAAUGUCUCCUCCAGAAAACUGUGAGGUCAAACCGAAUCUGUUACUCCUCCCUAAAUGAGAGCAUAGAUAACCUGCUCUGUCCUUUUCCUGUUAAUUUAUUUGGACAGCUAAAGGUAGGUGAAGGACUUCAUUUUACUGGCCUGUUGUUUUUUUUUAAGUAAAAAAACUUCAGUUUUUUUUUUUACUUAUACCUGAAGUAUCCUAAAACUUUGUCUGUCAGCAAUUGUCUGCUUUCUAUAAAACAAGAUGUCAUAAAAAGGGAGGGUUCAGUUUUAGAUUCAUAGUAAAGAAAUGUUUAAUUGUGAAGAUCAGGAGCCGUAGGACACAGACAGGUCUGUAUAGUUUGUCCAGUGAUUAUAAUAACUGUUAGUAUGCACUGCUAUCAAGUUAUUAAAAAAAAAAAAAUUUGUGUCAAAUUCAUCUGAACAGGAGAUUAGAUGGAAUCAUGGAGCACCAGGGUUUUCCUCCAAUUAAUAAAAAAAAGGAACUCCCUCUAACCCAAAAAUUGCUGGUCAUCUGGCUGAAAGAAAACUCUGUUAUAUUUUUUACUUGCUUACAAGAAAGAUGCAUCUGUCACAGAAUAUUUCUGUUAGUUAAAAAAACAGUCUUGAAGGUUGACUUUAAUCAAAGACAACAUUUGUCCUGCUUUGAUAUUUGUGAGAAGUUUAAGAGAACAGUCUGUUGCGAAACACUUGAACAGACUUUCAGACCCUUUGCUAUGUUCGUCAGGUUUAUUUGUAAAAACAACAAAAUGUUGUGUUAUGACGCGUUUGCAAUUUCUCCAUGUCCAAGUAUGAUUUAUUAGUAAUUUGAUUUGGAUAUACAAAUGCACCAGAAGUCCAGUAAAUGAGUUAUCUCCACCUUGACCAGUCACAACAGUUUUAUGUCAUUGCUUCAAGACAUCAGUCAUUCAAUUAUGAAGCCAACAAAUCAUUAGAUGUUUUUUUUGUAGGUUCAUAAUUGUGUGAGGACUGACCACUCAAUGCCAGCAAUAUUUCUCAGUGUUUGGAUGAAUUUUGUUUUUUGCCUUCUCAGUGUUGUCACACAAUACUCGGAAACUGUUCGCCUCAAUGCUUCCUUGUUUGAUUGUGACUCCCUUAGGCUACUGGAGUAAAUAACACACAUAUUCCCACAGAAACAAAUGUGCUUGCUUCCUGUGACACAAAUGAAAAAAACACCAGCUUACAACUCAGCUCUGCUCUUCUAUAGAGUGCAAGGCUACAAAUGUGUGCUACAUCCUGUCAAAGAGCUAUCUAGUUUUUCUCAGUCCAGCUGCUGAACUAGGUGUAUUUAAAUGAGAGGAGUGAGGCGGAGGGGACCAAGAGAGCUUCGGACGCUUUCAUCUGAGCACAAGGUUAUCUCCAAAGAGUGAGUGUUUGACAGAGGCAUGAACAAGCAAGUGAACUGUCUGAACUUAAACUGCAAAUUUAGAAACGGAGCUAAAAAGGCUCCAGUAAGUAUUUGUCAGUGGUUUCGUCUACGUGAUUAACAUGUAUUUGAUUAUUUAAACCACCGGAGGAGACCAGUGGAGGUGUGUGUAGAUUGAAAUGCUUUAAUAGCCAUUCCUUUGACUGACCUGGGAUUACAUUUAUAUUAAAUGUUCUAGUCCCAUGUUUUGCAAAAUCCUAAAUGUGUAUAUGUAUAUGAAGAGCUGAGUUUAAAAGGGGAGCCAGAUGAACUGAGUCCUUACUUUGGGACAAUUAAAGUAUAAGAAAAUAUGUUUGUUCUCCCGGUUCACUUAAAGCAUGGAAACCUUGUACUUGUUCUAAGUCCAGGCUUGCAUUUUUGAGACUCAACAAAAACAGAAUCAUGGUAAAAACUCAGUUCAUCUCGGCACUUUGAGGUUUUAAGAAAAUGUGUUUUAUUUUUCUCAUAAUUUUUGCUGUUGUUGAGAUGCACAUAUUAUUGCUUUUUCUGUGCCUAAGGAAAAAAAAAAGAACUCCCUCUUAUGUGACUGUGAAUUUUCUUAUGUGGAACUGAACUAGUAUUAACUAUUAUACCGUCUUGUCCCGUGCGUUGCCGUAAGUUUUUCCUCUCAAGAGCGUUCGGAUGGAGACUGUUUGGUUACGUGUGCCUGUAUGCCUGUAAGUGUUUAUUUAGUUAAGGGAAUUGAUGUCCAUGUUUCCCGUCUACGGUUGUAACAUUCCAGCAGCAGCCACCCCUAUUUUUUCUAUUAUCCAAAGUCUCUCAAUAAACAUAUCAUUGUGCCA